AUGCCUAGAACAUGUAAAAAUGGGCAAGAAUGUAGAAAAUAUAAAGCAUAUGAAAAUGUGGACGAUAAACAUGUUUCAAUUAUUCAACCAAUUUUAUUGGUUGGUAUGAUAUUUGUGUUUUAUAUUUUUUACUUUCGAUUAUUUAAAAGAAGAUAUGCAAGUAAUGAAAGUUACAGAAGAAAAAUGAAUAAAAAAAAUAUAAGUAGUAAACCCGUUAUUUCAUUAUGUUUAAAUGAUAUUGUCAUUAGAAUUAUUGGUAAUAAUGCACACAUUAUGGAAAAUUCAGUAGAACCAUUAAAUAAAUUAAGUUCUAUUUCUGAACUUUUUGUUAUUGCACAAAUAUCAAAUGAUGUGCAAGAAAAAAAUAUAAUUGAUCUAUUUAAAAAAUUAGGAUUAUUUGAUAAAGGUUUAAAAGAACAUCGUUUAAUGUUUUGUAAUACUUCAAAUGGAAGAGCAUCAAUGAUAAGACAACUAUCACCCCUUACCCAUGUUGAUAAUGAUGAAACAGUUAUAAAAACCUUAACAGGGAAAAUUCCAAACCUUGUUCAAAUAUAUGAAAAUAUUAAUACAAGUGAUCAUGCCAAUUUUUUUACAUCUCUACAAGCAUUUACUCAAGUUAUAUGUGCUGUUGCAACCGUUGAAGGUAUUAAUUAA